GACUAUCUUAUCAUUAUCAUUAAAAGCAAUAAACAAUAAACAGCUUAGUCGCGUAAUUUACAUUCUCUCGAAGGCAAAAGAUGCUUCGCGUAAAAAACUGUGCUCCACUUUAGUGUCAGCCGAGCUUCGAGAAGUGAUAGGUCCUGCUAGGAAGCGCACAAGACUUGUACAACAUGACACAAAAUUAUCUUAUCGGAGUGGAUGUUGGAACGGGAAGUGUCCGGGCUGCUUUGAUCACCAGCAAGGGCCAGGUAGUCCAGUCGUUUGUGAAGCCAACGAAAACCUGGAAUCCGCUACCAAAUCAUUACGAACAAUCUUCCGAUAACAUAUGGAGCGCAGUAUGCGAUUGUGUUCGUAAUGUGUCGGCUCACUGUGGCAAAGAUGAAAUCAAGGGCAUCGGCUUCGAUGCCACCUGUUCACUCGUCGUUAUAGACAAACAAGGACACCCACUAACAGUUAGCACAACUGGACAAAAUGAACAAAACAUCAUACUUUGGAUGGACCAUCGCGCGCAGGCCGAAGCAGAUUUUAUAAAUUCUACAAAGCACGAUCUUCUCAACUAUGUUGGGGGAACCGUCUCGCUUGAAAUGGAAUGUCCCAAAUUGCUUUGGCUAAAAAACAAUAUGAAACAAACUUGGUCCAAGGCUGGAGCGUUUUUUGAUCUCCCAGAUUUUCUAACGUACAAAGCCACCGGAAGCAUGACACGAUCCAUAUGUUCAACCGUUUGCAAAUGGAAUUUUGAUGCCGUGAAAAAUUCCUGGUCAACGAGUUUCCUUAAAGCGGUUGAUUUAAUGGAGUUAGCCAAUGAUAAUUUUAAGUUAAUUGGAGAAACGCUUGGUAAUCCGGGUAAUCGUAUAGCGCAGGGACUUUCACAAGAGGCCGCCGAUGCUAUGGGGCUCAAAAUAGGAACUGCAGUAGCGAUUUCAAUGAUAGAUGCCCAUGCAGGAGCUUUGGCUCUUCUUGGAUGUCGAUCGUCUCACACUAACCUCCCUGAAAGUCUGACCUCAAAAAUGGCAAUUAUUUGUGGAACGUCUUCGUGUCAUAUGACUCUCACCGAGGCUCCAAUUAUGGCACCUGGCAUUUGGGGACCGUAUAAAAACGCCAUUAUUCCAAACCUCUAUCUUAAUGAAGCUGGUCAAAGUGCCACUGGUGUUCUGAUGGAUUUCGUUGUCCAAACACAUCCAUGCUAUGAUCAGUUAGUAGAGCAACAUGGGAGCAUGAGUAAUAUAUAUAAAUUUCUCAACAAACAUCUAGAUGACUUGAAACAGAAGAAACAACAAAAAUCAGUGCAUCAGCUAACUGCAUCGCUACACAUGUGGCCGGAUUACCACGGUAAUCGUUCACCUUUGGCAGAUCCCAAUCUAAAAGGAAUGAUAUCUGGCUUAUCAAUGACCAGAGAUGUGGAUAAUUUGGCACACUUAUACCUAGCCCUAAUGCAAGCUUUGGCUUAUGGUACCCGCCACAUCCUGGAUGUUCUGGCCCGAUCUGGACGGGAACCGAUCCGUUCUAUACUGCUGUGCGGAGGUCUGAGUAAGAACAAUCUUUUUGUUCAAACCCACGCGGACAUUUGCGCCGUCCCUGUGUUGCUUCCGUAUGAAACCGAGGCAGUUUUGCUCGGAUCAGCCAUGAUGGGAGCAUGUGCUGCCGGUAUUUACCCAAAUUUACAGUCAGCAGCUCUAGCAAUGGGUGGAACGGCCGAAGUGGUGAAACCUGACCCAAGUGAAAUGAACCGAGAUUAUCAUGAACGUAAAUAUCGCGUCUUUUUGAAAAUGGUGGAAGAUCAACGGAAGUACAAUGAAAUUAUGACCGGGUGAUCAAUUUCAGGAAUUUUCUCUAUUCAGGAUACACGCAUUUCCUUUUUAAUUCAAUGUUUGCGUUCAAUUGUUUCCAAAUUUGUUUACAUUAGGUAACAGUUGUGAUCGUUAAAAUAACUAUCAAUUUUAAAUACUUGAAGCAUUAACAUUUAAGUAAUAAAUGCAGCUGCUUUUGUUUCAAUUUUCGCUCGACAAA